CGGACGAUUUAUGAAACGCAGCAACUUCCUGUUGGAAAUAAACACAACUUUGACAUUGUCCUCGUUUAUAUCCGUCAAACAUGAGCACCUUGACUUUAAACUCACUGAGACAAAUAAUGAGAGCGAUGAUUGACCACUCGGGCUUCGACAGAGUCGUGAGCAAGGUGGACGUUGUGUCUGCGAGCCCCGGGAAGGUGGUGUGUGAGAUGCGGGUGGAAGAGGAGCACACAAACCGGGGAGGGACGCUGCACGGCGGGCUGACAGCCACCCUGGUGGACGUAAUCUCUACCAUGGCCAUUAUGUACAGUGAGAGAGGAGCCCCAGGGGUCAGCGUGGAUAUGAAUAUAACGUACAUGAAUGCUGCCAAGAUAGGGGAAGACGUCCUCAUCACUGCACAAGUUCUGAAGCAGGGGAAAACGCUGGCAUUUGCCACUGUAGAUCUUUCCAGCAAAACCUCAGGGAAACCCAUCGCUCAAGGACGCCACACUAAACACCUCGGCAGCAGCUAAACCGUCUCUUCUAAUCAAAGUUGUAUAAUUUACUGCUAAAACUUGGGAUUCUGAAUAUACACAGAAUGUACUUGCUCUGUUUUUUUGGGGGGUUUUUUUUGUAAGUACAUACGCUUGCAGAAUAAAGUUGUGUAUUUUUUUUCUUUUUCCUAACUUAUGCGUUUGUGAGUUGUGUUGUGUUGUGAAUAUUGAGCAGCGGAUGUUUCUUGCACAUGCAAUAAAGCCAGCUGGACAAAGA